GUCGAAGCAACGCCUCUCCCGCCACGGACCCCGCAACCGGCACCGGCAGACGGGUAGUGUCAAGGAUCUAUUGAUCCAACGGGACUUACCCACCUCCGGCGGGAUGAAGUUUGUUGUGGGGACUUAAAGCCGCCGACUGUCCCGGAGAGAGCCCAUGAUGAGCCAACAUCGUGUGUCCAUUUCAGCAACUGUCUUUUUUGAAACGGCACCUCAAGGCCCUCCUUAUUCGCUUCAUAAAGAAUGAAGCUCUACUUCCAGACGGUCGAUGUUGUGCGUUCGGAAGACUGGAAGCUGAAUCCUGCAGAGCGCGGUACUCGCCGUGUACAAAGUGACGCUCGUCCAAAGUCAAAGUCAGGCUGUGACGGCUCCUCGCCAACAUUGUCAAAAGGCCGUGAGAUAGCAGACAACCAAGCCUGGGACCGCGAGGUGCUCGUUCAGGUAUCCUCGAUACAACAGCAAAACUUCCACGCGGUGAAGCUGCUACCACGGAACCGCGCUCCAUCAGAGUGGCUCAUCUCCGUAAGGUCUGGCGGCAAAGACGGUGAGGACGAGGAGACCAUCAUCGUGGACGACUCGAUGCAGAACAAGUUCAACAUCAGGUGUAAUGCGCUGGUGUACGACCACGAGCACGAGGAUUUGAUCUCCAUGUUGAACGCGUCACCGACGACGGUUGCCUGUAUGGUCAGGAGCGCAUAGAUAAGGAGGACCUAAUACAUAUACCUAGAUGAGAUGAGAAGACGUAGAAGGAAGAGAUCAAGACUGUGAGAUGGAUUCCGUAACCAUG